UCCUUGAUAAAUCAUCUCCAUUUUGACGUUGAACCACUUGACAAUGCCAAGGACUUCAGUGGUAAGGACUUCCUUAUCCUUAUAAUCAAUGAGUGGCUGAGGAAUUAAACUUAUUCUGCUUUCCCCUGGUUAAGAAUAACAAAUAUUUGUUCACUUAAAAUGAUGGGUAGGAGUUGCACAGAGGCUGGUGAUAGAUAGCUUUAAGAUUAAUGUAAGGAAAUACAUCUAAGUAUUUGAGCUAUCAAAAAGUAAAAUGGGCUGCUUUGGGAAUUAAUGUGUUCCCCCUUGGAAUUUCUUGCAGCCAAAGCUGAAAGACCACCUGUUGGGGAUCCAAUAGAGGAGAUUCUUGGUCAGGUAUAUUCUGAGGUCCAUCAAAUUCUAAAGUUCUCUCAUUCUGGGAUUGUGGGAAUCCAGAGGAUAAAGAGCAUCAUACUUCUGAUGACUCCGCUGGGGGGUCCCUGGACAUGUGCUGUAGUGAGUGGCUUUCUGGUCUCCCCCAGCCCAUAGCAAUGGAGGCUAUCGAUGAGAGUGAGGGGCACCCAGACCAGCAGGGGGAAACAGCAGCACCCCCACAGUCCUCGGAGAGAGAAACAGAGCCUGCCCAGUGUCCCUGGGGCCAACCUCUGACUGGGGGUGGCAGUAUGUGCUUGUUUGCCAUCUCCCAAUUCUUGCUCGCCUUAGGAGUGCUCUGGCUCAGUGGGUAUGGCUCUAUCGCUCUGCAAGGGGUCAUGGAUAUGGGCUCCUCCUUGCUCACACCGUUGGGACAACUGUUCAUCGUUCCAGAGGUCUGCCUAAGGAUGGGAAGCAUGGAAACAUCUGGAUUUCUGGUGGGCUUCCUGGCUUUUGGCCUAGGCCUGGCUAUGAUCUUGGUUUGGCAUCUCCUGGGAACGUCCCCAGAGCUUCCCUCGAAGCAAUCUGAGGACAGGCGCCAGUCUGUGAGCCGCCAGCCAUCUUUCACCUACUCAGAGUGGAUGGAGGAAAAAACUGAGGAUGACUUCCUGGAUCUGGACCCUGUCCCUGAGACACCAGUGUUCGACUGCACAAUGGACAUCAAACCAGAGGCUGACCCCACCUCGUUGACAGUCAAAUCCAUGGGCCUACAAGAGAGGAGGGGCUCAAAUGUGUCCCUGACCCUGGACAUGUGCACUCCAGGCUGCUCUGAGGAGGGCUUUGGCUACAUCAUGUCUCCACGUGAGGAGUCAGCCCGUGAAUACCUGCUCAGUGCCUCCCGGAUCCUCCGAGCUGAGGAGCUCCAUGAGAAGGCAUUAGACCCAUUUCUGCUGCAGGCGGAGUUCUUUGAAAUACCCAUGAACUUUGUGGAUCCAAAAGAGUAUGACAUUCCUGGCCUGGUGAGGAAGAAUCGCUACAAAACCAUCCUCCCCAACCCCCACAGCAGGGUAUGCCUUACCUCACCACACCAAGAUGACCCCUUGAACUCAUACAUCAAUGCCAACUAUAUAAGGGGCUAUGGAGGGGAGGAGAAGGUGUACAUCGCCACUCAGGGACCUAUCGUCAACACCGUGAGUGACUUCUGGCGGAUGGUAUGGCAGGAGCAUGCCCCCAUUAUUGUGAUGAUCACCAACAUUGAAGAAAUGAAUGAGAAAUGCACAGAGUACUGGCCAGAAGAGCAGGUUGUGUAUGACGGGGUCGAGAUCACCGUCAAGCAGGUCAUUCAGGCUGAUGACUACCGGCUUCGUCUUAUUACCCUGAGGAGUGGGGCUGAGGAGCGUGGCCUAAAGCAUUACUGGUUCACUUCGUGGCCAGACCAGAAGACCCCUGAUCGGGCACCACCGCUGUUGCAGCUGGUCCUGGAGGUGGAGGAAGCAGCUGGCUGGGAGGGGCAGAGCUUUGCUCCAAUCAUCGUUCACUGCAGUGCUGGGAUCGGGAGGACUGGCUGCUUCAUUGCCACUAGCAUCUGCUGCAAGCAGCUGCAAAGAGAAGGUGUGGUGGACAUCCUGAAGACAACCUGUCAGCUCCGACAAGACAGGGGCGGGAUGAUCCAGACCUGUGAGCAGUACCAGUUUGUGCACCACGUCAUGAGCCUGUAUGAGAAGCAGCUUUCUUCCCAAGCCAAGGAGUAACCACUCCU